AUGUCUGCUCCUUUGUUGCUUGGCCCUCAUGGCUUGCUGGAGCUGGCAGAGAGUGGAGGUCAAGACAAGAAUCCGGUCUGCGCUCUUGGACGCCGCUACGCCUUACAAGCGUGCGCUCGCUUUCUAGACCUUCACGGCUCCGGCCGUGCUGCUUUGGCGCUGCUGGGGCGCCGUGCGGGCCGCGUGGCCGACGCCUGUCUAAAUAUUUUUCGAAAUGAUGUCGACAACAAGGCUGGCUUGAAUGCCUUGUACUGCAUGCUGAAUGCUUUGGAGGUCCCAAACGUGCCGCUCCCUGCGGAUGCCCUGGGCGACGAGCUGCUGCGGGAGCUGAAGCUGCGGCACUCCAGGCUCACGGCGGGGCAGAGCUCCGCCCUGCACAAGGUGUUGGCGGUCUUGGCAGAUGCCAGGGCAGCCAGAGGUGCAGUUCAGGGCCAGGGAGCGUUUGGCCUCGUUCCAGAGCUUCGAACUCGACUUCUUGGCACGUUGGAGCGCGAGGCCAACAGCAGCAAGCCCACGCUGGAGUUAGUGGCUGGCUUGCUGGAGGCAUGCGCCGUGAUGUUGCGACGCCAUGCAGACCAGUUCAACGAAGAGGAGCUUUGCAGGCUCUACAACGUCGCCUCCUCCAUAGCACUUGUGGAGGUGGGCGCCUCACGGCUCGGACCACGUAGGGCAGCGCUGCGAUUGUUUCAGGAUCAUGCCUUCGUGUUCCGGCGCUUCUUCGCUACCGAGGCUCAGAAGAGCCUCAAAGAGAUGGAGGCCAAAGCAGCAGGGGAGGUGCGAAUUCCGGAUUCCUCCUUGCUCGGCAAAAUGCUUGCCUCCACAGCAGCUCCGCAAGCCGACGUGGCCGCUGCUGGCCGGGGCAUGCUGGAUGCGGUCCUGCGGGCGCUCAGCGACGGUGUGCUCUCUGACUUGGGUGAGACAGCCCAGAAGGCGCCGGCCACCAGAAAGCGGCCUUUGGAAGAUGAUUUGGAGGUUCAAGACCUGCCACCAGAAGCCGCAGUGGUGAGAGGAUGGUACCCACACUUUCUGGAGAUGGUGCAGAGCUCGAACAGCACUCGCUUGACGGGUGCUCGCUGCCUUGGGGCGCUGGUGCCGGCUGUGGCGCGCCUCGAGGGUGCAGCCGUGGUGCUCGAAUUCCUGGAGGUGAUUCUGGACGCGGCCGAAGCAGCAGCUUUGCCAGCUGGGCUGGAAGAAGAGGAGGCGGAAGAGGAUGCUGAGACGGCUGCUGGGUCAACUUCUACCGCCCCUCCUUCAGGAUCGCCGCCCACACGCCUGACUCCUUCUGCCUUGCCAGAGCUAGCAGAGGCUCUUGCCCGCGCCAUUCCCGCUGUGUCGAGAUGGCUCACUGGCACCCAGUGGCUCCGCCUCCUUUCGGUUGGGGUGCAGCUCUUGCGUGGCUUUGGCCGUGCUUUCACCAAGAAGCGGCCACUGGUGGCGCGCGCCGUCUCGAAACUGCUCGGCGUGUUCAGAGGCUGCAGUCACGAGCGGGAGGACAGCUGUGGGCUUAGAAGCCCUGCCUCGCGCUGCAAGUGCACAACACGAGCCUGA